CUACGAAAAACACUCGUUGAAAUGCAAGCUGCCGUGUGCCUUGUCCAGCUGGCAUGCAGCCACCGUCGCUGCGCUUUCCCUCAGGAUGGAAACGAGCUGUGCGUCUGGGACACAGCGACUGCUCAGUCAUUACAUUUGUCAGGACACCAUGACUCAAUUUCUGCGGUGUCGUUUGGAAGCAAAACCAACCCACUUCUUGUCUGCUCUGCUUCUCGUGAGUGUGUGAUAGUGUGGAAUCCUGAUGAAUGCACACAGAAGGUGCAAGAAGGUCAUGAUGGUGCAGUUAAUUCUGUUAGCUGGAGUCACGACAAGAAGUGGUUGGUUUCUGCAUCAGAAGACAGAACUUUAAGGGUCUGGUCAGUCUGCAAUAAUGAACCUGCCCUAAUUCUGGGCAAAGAAAAGUUCCAUAAGGCUGUGCGCUUGGCACAGUUUUAUUUUAUAGAUGCAUUUAUAUUGCUGUGUUGUGGAGCUGAGUUUCAUCUAUUAAGUUUACGUCUAGACACAACCAAGGAUGACCUCAAACGAUACAAAGAGAGAAGUGUUUGCAAAUUGGUACAGAAAUUUCCCAUGACUUCAACAACGGAGAUUACCAUCCUUUCAGCAGUAAAUGAUUUCUAUUCGUAUAUUGUACUUAUGGCUGGCAGCAACCGAGCAUUGGAAGUUUUUGACCUCAAUGCAGGCUGCAGCACAGCAGUGAUACCAGAAGUUCAUACCAGAUCAGUCCAUCAGAUCUGCCAAAAUAAGGGGUCAUCCUUCAGCAGUCAGCAACCCGAAGCUUACAGCCCUUUCAAGACUACAGCUGCAGGUGAUGGCAUCAAACUGUGGGAUUUAAGAACACUGAGAUGUGAACGUCGCUUGGAAGGGCACGCUAGUCGCUGCUAUCAGUGUGGAAUUGCAGUUUCUCCUUGUGAACGGUUUACAGCCAGCAGAUCAGAUGACAGAUAUGCUUACAUAUAUGAAAUGCGUUCAAGCACUUUUUUACAUAAACUGGGGGGACACAGAGAAUCUGUCAUCAAAGUGAGUUUUAGUCCCUCAUCUCCACAGGGAAUUGAAUGGGGAUUUGGAGUGGAUAUCUCUUAA